AUGGAAGGUGGGGAGAGUGGACCAACAUCGCGCCGAAAAAAGGUGUCAGCAACUUGUCCAGCGUCCCCGAGCGCCGCGCGCCACGUGGGCGCACACGCAGCCGAGCUUGCGGCCCUACUCGCAUCCGUUGAGCUGGAGUACGAUGGCGCAAAACUACAGGAGGCGAUGGAGGAACUACCCAUGCGGGAGGACUUCGGCGCUGGCGCACCAGAUGAGGCACACAAAGUUUGCUGCUGCUGCACCGGUGUCCUGUUGCCGGCGUCAUUAUAA